AUGUCGGUUUUACUUCGUGGAAUGCAGCCACAGAAUGCAAAAUCCGCUGAGUUGAUACGCUUUGUGCCGCAUUUGCUCCGUCUUCGCAUUGUGUGGGGUCAUAAUCGUUUAAAAAGUGAAGGUGUCGAGACAUUUGUGCAUGAAUUUUUGCCUAUUAUCCGUAAAAACAAUCCUGAAGUGGAUUAUAUGUUUCAACGAUCUCAUACAAACUGUGAUCCUUUCGUUGUUGGAGAAUAUAGGUGGCUUCGGUUUCGCAUCAGGCGUUGUUCAUUUAAAACAUCUCAUCAGGUUUUAGCUAUGGUAGAAGAGAUGUCUGUUGGUGGCGAUUUUAGACCAGGUAGAAAACGUGGUGUAUCCACAGCAAUACCUCGUGGCCUUCAGAUUUGGGAUACAGAGACAAUGGGUCAUGAUAUCUAUAAAGUUUAUAGCAAAUGGAAAGAUGAUCCAGCAGAAGCGAAAGAAAUUGUUAAUGUCACCGACCAUUUUGCUUACAUACAUCGGUCAAUUCAUAACUGUAAAUAA